GGCUCUCUGUCACCGGGAGUGGGUGGGCCAUUUCUUGUUCUCUCUCCCGCUCUCGGGAGCUUUCGUCCCGUGGGUGCGAACGGUAACCGAAGCGGCUCAGGAAGGCAGCUGUUACUGAGCCCCUGGAACAGAGCGAGAGUAUCGUAGUGGGCAGCAGUCAGUGACAGGUGUAACCUCUGUGGAUGACAGCAACAGUUACUGGAGGAUACGGGGGAAGACUGCCACAGUGUGUGAGAGGGGAACCCCCAUCAAGUGUGGCCAGCCCAUCCGGUUGACACAUGUCAACACUGGCCGAAACCUCCAUAGUCACCACUUCACUUCACCUCUUUCUGGAAACCAGGAAGUGAGUGCUUUUGGUGAGGAAGGUGAAGGUGAUUAUCUGGAUGACUGGACAGUACUCUGUAAUGGACCCUACUGGGUGAGAGAUGGUGAGGUGGCUUGUGGUCCGGUUGGCCACCAAGUGGUGUCAGCGGAAGCUGCAGGCGGAGCUAAAGAUUGGCUCCUUCCGCUUUUUUUGGAUCCAGAAUGUCAGUCUUAAGUUUCAGCAACACCAGCAAACAGUGGAAAUUGAUAACCUGUGGAUUUCCAGCAAACUCCUUAGCCAUGAUCUUCCACACUAUGUGGCAUUGUGCUUUGGAGAAGUGCGUAUCAGAACGGACCUACAGAAAGUUUCUGGCCUGUCUGCCCCAUUCUCCCAGAGUGCUGGGGUGGAUCAAAAGGAACUGUCCUUCAGCCCAUCCUUAUUGAAGAUCUUCUGCCAACUAUUCUCCAUUCAUGUAGAUGCUAUAAACAUCAUGGUUCUCAAGGUGGAUACUUCUGAGUCCUUAUGGCAUAUUCAGAUCAGUAGAAGCAGAUUUCUUUUGGAUAGUGAUGGGAAAAGGCUAAUCUGUGAGGUGAGCUUAUGUAAGAUCAACAGCAAAGUUCUAAAGAGUGGUCAGCUGGAGGACACCUGCCUAGUGGAGCUCUCACUGGCCCUGGACCUGUGUCUAAAGGUGGGCAUUAGCAGUCGGCAUCUCACGGCUAUCACUGUGGAUGUGUGGACACUCCAUGCUGAGCUGCAUGAGGGCCUCUUCCAGAGCCAAUUGCUGUGCCAGGGCCCAAGCCUAGCAUCUAAGCCUGUUCCCUGUUCAGAGGUGACAGAGAACUUGGUUGAGCCAACUCUGCCUGGCCUGUUCCUCCUUCAGCAGCUGCCAGACCAGGUCAAGGUUAAGAUGGAGAACACAAGCGUGGUAUUGUCCAUGAAUAGUCAAAAGAGGCACCUGACUUGGACUCUGAAGCUGCUGCAGUUUCUGUACCACCGUGAUGAGGAUCAGCUGCCCCUUCGAAGCUUCACAGCAAACUCCGAUAUGGCACAGAUGAGCACUGAACUCCUGCUGGAAGAUGGGUUGUUGCUGUCCCAGAGUCGCCAGCGCAUUGUCUGCCUCAGCUCCCUCAAGGCUAGUGUGCAGGUGACCACCAUUGACCUCUCAGCCUCCCUAGUUCUGAACACUUGCAUCAUUCACUACCGGCACCAGGAAUUCUCUCACUGGCUGCACCUGCUAGCACUGGAAACCCAAGGGUCUAGUUCACCUGUUCUUAAGCAAAGGAAAAAAAGAACCUUCCCCCAAAUCCUGGCUCCCAUCAUCUUUAGCACCUCCAUCUCCAAUGUCAACAUUUCCAUUCAACUUGGAGAUACACCGCCUUUUGCCUUGGGAUUCAAUUCUGUCUCUCUGGAUUACCAGCACCUCAGGCCACAAAGCAUCCAUCAGCGGGGUGUCCUGACUGUAGACCACCUCUGCUGGCGUGUGGGCAGUGACUCCCACAUUCAGCGGGCACCACACCCACCCAAUAUGCAUGUUUGGGGUGAGGCGCUUGUUCUGGACUCCUUCACGCUACAGGGUAGCUAUAACCAGCCUCUGGGCCUGUCCAGCACCCAGUCAGAUACCCUCUUUCUUGAUUGUACCAUUCGAGGACUUCAGGUGGAAGCAUCAGAUACCUGUGCCCAGUGUCUGUCUCGUAUCUUAUCCCUGAUGGGUCCACAAUCUGGGAAGUCAGCUGUCUCUAGGCACUCUUCAUUUGGGGAAUCUGUGUCAUUACUGUGGAAAGUGGACUUGAAGGUCGAAGACAUGAAUUUGUUCACCCUUUCUGCCUUGGUUGGUGCUUCAGAGGUACGACUGGACACCCUGACUAUCCUGGGCAGUGCAGAGACCUCCACUGUGGGAAUUCAAGGACUUGUGUUAGCGCUGGUGAAAUCAGUCACAGAAAAGAUGCAACCCUGUUGCAAGGCCCCUGACAUCCCUACCCCAGUGCUCAGCCUUUCCAUGAUCUCCAUCACCUAUCACAGCAGCAUCCGCUCUCUGGAGGUUCAGUGUGGUGCAGGGCUGACCUUACUUUGGAGUCCCCCAGAUCACAUGUACCUGUACCAGCAUAUCCUGGCCACUCUACAGUGCCGAGACCUACUAAGAGCCACUGUGUUUCCUGAGACUGUACCAUCCCUUGCAUUAGAGACUUCAGGAACCAUUUCUGAGCUAGAAGGCCGUGCCCCUGAACCAUUACCCCCAAAGCGGCUGCUAAACCUAACCCUGGAGGUGAGCACAGCCAAACUCACAGCUUUUGUAGCUGAGGAUAAGUUCAUUACCCUGGCUGCAGAGAGUGUGUCACUGAGCCGGCAUGGAGGUUCCUUGCAGGCAUACUGUCCUGAGCUGGCAGCUGGCUUUGAUGGCAAUAGUAUCUUCAACUUCAAGGAGGUGGAGGUGCAGCUGCUGCCUGAGCUGGAAGAGAUGAUCCUCCACCGGAACCCCUUCCCUGCGCUGCAGACCCUCCGGAACCGUGUUUGGCUUCUCUCCCUCGGCUCAGUCUCAGUGGAGUUUCCUUAUCAGUAUGACUUUUCUCGAACUCUAGAUGAGGCUGUGGGAGUUCAGAAGUGGCUGAAGGGACUGCAUCGAGGGACUCAUGCUUGGGCCUCUCCAGGCCCUGUCCCGCUCCCACCUGAUCUACUCUUAAAGGUUCAGCACUUCUCAUGGGUUUUCUUGGAUGAUAUUUUUGAGGUGAAACUUCAUGAUAACUAUGAGCUGAUGAAGGAUGAAAGUAAGGAGAGUGCCAAAAGACUGCAGCUACUGGAUGCCAAAGUGGCCGCCCUUCGGAAGCAGCAUGGGGAGUUAUUGCCUGCCCGCAAAAUUGAGGAGCUCUAUGCCUCUUUGGAACGCAAAAACAUUGAAAUCUACAUCCAGCGUUCCCGUCGUCUCUAUGGCAACACACCCAUGCGCCGGGCACUGCUCACUUGGAGCUUAGCAGGGCUAGAGCUGGUAGCUCUGGCAGAUGCCUCUUUCCACGGUCCUGAGCAUGUGGUAGAACAGGUUCAAGAGCUUGAUCCAGGCAGCCCUUUUCCCCCUGAGGGAGUAGAUCUUGUCAUUCAGUGGUGUCGAAUGCUCAAGUGCAAUGUCAAGACCUUUCUGGUUCGGAUCAGAGACUAUCCACGGUACCUGUUUGAGAUCCGUGACUGGCGGCUGAUGGGUCGACUUGUGGGCACCGAGCAGAGUGGUCAGCCUUGCUCCCGUCGGCGUCAGAUCUUGCACUUGGGGCUUCCGUGGGGUAACGUGGCAGUGGAGAGGAACAUGCCCCCACUCAAAUUCUACCAUGACUUCCACUCGGAAAUAUUCCAGUACACAGUGGUAUGGGGCCCAUGCUGGGAUCCAGCCUGGACACUGAUUGGCCAGUGUGUGGACCUCUUGACCAAGCCCUCAGCUGACCCCAGCCCACCUUUGCCCUGGUGGGACAAGAGCCGUCUUUUGUUCCAUGGAGACUGGCACAUGGACAUUGAACAGGCGAACCUGCACCAGCUGGCCACUGAGGAUCCAUACAACACAACUGAAAAUAUGCACUGGGAGUGGAGCCACCUGUCUUUUCAUUGGAAACCUGGUCAGUUUGUGUUCAAGGGUGACUUGGAUAUCAACGUGAGAACAGCCUCUAAGUAUGACGACUGCUGCUUCCUUCACCUGCCUGACCUCUGCAUGACACUGGACCUGCAGUGGCUGUGCCAUGGGAACCCCCAUGAUCACCAUAGUGUCACUCUGCGGGCCCCAGAGUUCCUGCCUGAGGUGCCCUUGGGCCAGCUUCAUGACUCCUACCGGGCCUUUCGCUCGGAGAACCUCAAUCUCUCCAUCAAGAUGGAUCUGACUCGGCACAGUGGAAGUGAGGCUUGGGCCUGGGGUAGUGGGGAGGAAGGGCUGGGAGGUGUUAUGCUCUCUUGUUGCCAGGUACAUUAUUGGGCCUCAUUUGCCCAGCAACGGGGCAUCCAGAUUGAGUGCAGUCAGGGCCAUGUCUUUACUCGGGGGACUCAGCGGCUUAUACCUCAAGCAGGCACAGUAAUGCGGCGCCUUAUCUCUGAUUGGAGUGUUACCCAGAUGGUGAGUGACCUAAGUCAGGUGACCGUUCACCUGAUGGCCUCACCCACUGAAGAGAAUGCUGAUCACUGUCUUGAUCCUUUGGUAACAAAGACCCACCUGCUGAGCUUAUCCUCCCUCACCUACCAACGGCAUAGCAAUCGCACAGCUGAGGAGGAGCUCUCUACUCGUGAUGGGGAUCCUACCUUUCAUACACAUCAGCUGCACUUAGUAGAUUUACGGAUUUCCUGGACAACUACUAAUCGAGACAUUGCCUUUGGGUUAUAUGAUGGCUACAAAAAGGCAGCUGUACUCAAACGUAAUCUCUCUACGGAGGCCCUGAAGGGGUUAAAGAUUGAUCCACAGAUGCCAGCCAAAAAGCCAAAGCGGGGUGUCCCAAGUAGUGCCUCAGCCCCACCUCGUGCUAACACUCCCAGCUUCAGUGGACAGCCUGAUAAGGGGUCAUCAGGAGGUGCUUACAUGUUGCAGAAACUAAUUGAAGAGACAGACAGGUUUGUAGUGUUCACAGAAGAGGAAUCAGGCAUGAGUGACCAGUUGUGUGGCAUUGCUGCCUGCCAGACGGAUGACAUAUACAACCGAAACUGCCUUAUUGAACUGGUCAACUGUCAGAUGGUUCUUCGUGGAGCAGAGACAGAAGGCUGUGUCAUUGUGUCAGCUGCCAAAGCCCAACUGCUGCAGUGCCAGCACCAUCCAGCCUGGUAUGGUGAUACAUUGAAGCAAAAGACAUCCUGGACUUGCCUCUUGGAUGGCAUGCAGUACUUUGCCACCACUGAGAGCAGCCCCACGGAGCAGGAUGGCCGACAGCUCUGGUUAGAGGUGAAGAAUAUCGAGGAGCACCGGCAGCGUAGUUUGGACUCUGUGCAGGAGCUGAUGGAGAGUGGGCAGGCAGUGGGCGGCAUGGUUACCACAACCACAGAUUGGAACCAGCCAGCUGAAGCACAACAAGCCCAGCAAGUCCAGCGGAUCAUUUCGCGUUGCAGCUGCCGAAUGUACUAUAUUAGUUACAGCCAUGACAUUGAUCCUGAACUAGCAACUCAGAUUAAGCCACCUGAAGUUCUUGAGAACCAGGAAAAGGAAGAUCUCCUAAAGAAGCAGGAAGGGGCUGUGGAUACCUUCACCCUUAUCCACCAUGAGCUGGAAAUUUCCACCAACCCAGCUCAGUAUGCCAUGAUCCUGGAUAUUGUCAACAACUUGCUGCUCCACGUAGAACCUAAGCGGAAGGAGCAUAGUGAGAAGAAGCAACGGGUCAGGUUCCAGCUUGAGAUCUCUAGCAAUCCAGAGGAGCAACGCAGCAGCAUACUGCAUUUGCAGGAGGCUGUGCGGCAGCAUGUGGCCCAAAUACGACAGCUUGAGAAGCAGAUGUAUUCUAUCAUGAAGUCUUUGCAGGAUGACAGUAAGAAUGAGAAUCUGCUUGACCUGAACCAGAAGCUUCAGUUGCAGUUAAACCAGGAGAAGGCCAACCUGCAGCUGGAAAGUGAAGAACUGAAUAUCCUCAUCAGGUGUUUUAAGGAUUUCCAACUGCAGCGGGCUAACAAGAUGGAGCUGCGAAAGCAGCAAGAAGAUGUGAGUGUGGUCCGUCGCACUGAGUUUUACUUUGCUCAGGCACGGUGGCGCCUGACAGAGGAAGAUGGACAGCUGGGAAUUGCUGAAUUAGAACUGCAGAGGUUCCUCUACAGCAAGGUGAAUAAAUCUGAUGACACAGCAGAACAUCUUCUGGAGUUGGGCUGGUUUACUAUGAACAACCUCCUCCCCAAUGCUGUCUAUAAGGUAGUACUGCGGCCCCAGAGCUCCUGCCAGUCUGGGCGACAGCUAGCUCUCCGCCUCUUCAGCAAAGUUCGGCCCCCUGUUGGGGGUAUCUCUGUUAAGGAGCAUUUUGAGGUAAAUGUGGUGCCUCUCACCAUCCAGCUGACACACCAGUUCUUCCAUAGAAUGAUGGGCUUUUUCUUUCCUGGCCGAAGUGUGGAAGAUGAUGAAGUUGGUGAUGAAGAGGAUAAGUCCAAACUGGUGACUACUGGAAUACCAGUGGUGAAGCCUCGGCAGCUGAUUGCAACAGAUGAUGCAGUACCACUGGGCCCUGGGAAGGGUGUGGCACAGGGUUUGACUCGGAGUUCUGGGGUCAGAAGGUCAUUUCGCAAAUCUCCAGAGCACCCUGUGGAUGACAUUGACAAGAUGAAAGAGCGAGCUGCCAUGAACAACUCCUUCAUCUACAUAAAGAUUCCACAGGUUCCACUGUGUGUCAGCUACAAGGGUGAGAAGAACAGUGUGGACUGGGGUGACCUUAACCUGGUGCUGCCCUGUCUGGAGUACCACAACAACACAUGGACAUGGCUAGACUUUGCCAUGGCUGUCAAAAGGGACAGCCGCAAAGCCCUGGUUGCCCAGGUGAUCAAAGAGAAGCUAAGACUGAAGCCUGCAACAGGCUCUGAGGUCCGGGGAAAGCUAGAAACUAAAUCGGAUCUGAACAUGCAACAGCAGGAAGAGGAGGAGAAAGCCCGGCUCCUCAUUGGUUUAAGUGUGGGCGACAAGAACCCUGGCAAGAAGUCCAUCUUUGGCAGGCGCAAAUGAUUUGGCGAUUCGAGUGGCUACAGUACAGGAUCUGACUCUGGCUCAGGCUCCAGGGACUUGUGGGGUGGGAGGGGCUUCCCUUUAUCCACCAGGAUUUGUGGGUGUCAGAGCCCAUAGGCAUUGCUGUUCACCACCUGCCCUGUUCACUGCAGGGCAUGGUGGACAGUAAUGCUGAGUUCCAUCUCACGCUGAUCAGGUUCAGGGCCAGAGAGACAACAAGAGAGCAAGACCCAGGGAACGGGCCCAGGGCAGGACCCUAUUCCUUGGGGUCAAGUGAAAGGGUAGGGGGAUAGUCCUGAUCAAGUGUGAUAAAUUUUUAUAAACAUAUAUAAAUAUAUAUAUUAUAUAUAUUUCUAAGUGUAACUGUCCUCCCUCUGUGCCAGGAAACAGGGGAGGGGGCUGAUCCUCUGAUCCUCACUCCACUGCCAUGUAUGAAAGAGGUAUUGGUGUUCUGAGCGGCGAUCAACCCCUCCCCAGUCUCUGUGCUAAGUUCACUUGGGAGGAUGGCAGUAGGAGCCAGGGCUGGCCAUGGGUCCCCUACCCUUCCCCCUAGGAUAUGCCCUGGAAAAUGGCAAAAUGAUUUAAAGAGAAAAAAAAAGAUAUUUUAAAUUUGAUGCUCA